UCUUCCUCUUUCUUUUCUUUCUCUUUUCCCCAUUUUCUCCCCCUCAUCCGCACGUCCCUCUCUUCUUCUUCCUUUUCUUUCUUUUCUCUUCUGCAUCUCACGCACUAUCCCCCUCUUUCUCCCCUGUUUCUCACGCACACCGGCCCCUCUCUCCAUCUCCUUUCUUCUCUUUGUCUCUCACCGUCACACACAUACCCCCAGCCUAUGAGAGAACCCGUGACUCAGUGAGAUCGUGAGUGAUAUUUUGAGAGAGAACCCGAGAGAGUAUUGAGCUGGGAUCGUGAGAGAUGCAGCUCGUGGAACCCGUGGCUGUUGGGUCCGAAAUGCAGAAAUUCAAGGAUAGUGUCUGGAUUGGAAACUUCAAUGGGUUCUCCAAUGUAGUGUCCAAGUGACUAGAAUCCAAGUGGAUGUUCAAGUCAAGAGUCCAAUGCAGCCAAGAUUCUGUUGUUGGUUGCAGGUACUCUAGUCGUAUAAGAUGGUCUCGUAAAUGUGCACUUGGGAUAUUAUGACUGAAGUUCGCCGCAACGGUCGUAAUUGAGAGAUCAUGGGCGUCCUCUGUUUUAUAGGUUCCUUAUUUUCUGUUGAAAUGGUCACGAGUAACUGUUGCUCUGGCAAUGAAUGUCAUAGUGUUGUCCUGAUUCAACAUUCUUCGCCAUGCAAUUAGUCUCAAAUGAUAGUCAUAGGGAAGAUAUUUCAGAAAGUGAACCCAUCCUACGUCGACCUGGAAAUUUGCAAAGAUCUGAAGAAUCUUCAUCUUCAUUGUCAUGUGAGAUUACAACUGUGGGAGGGGAUUUAGCUGUCAUUAAUGACGAUUUACAAAAUCUUCAUCCCGAGGAAAGUCGCCAUCUGGUGAAUACAGAACAAAAACAAUGUCGUAUAUGCCUUGAUAGUGGAGGAGAAGACUUAAUUGCACCAUGCCAUUGCAAAGGCACCCAGAAGUAUGUCCAUAGAUCUUGUCUUGAUAAUUGGAGGUCUACUAAGGAGGGCUUUGCUUUUGCUCACUGUACAGAGUGCAGGGCCAUGUUCAUAUUACGUGCAAAUGUCCCACCCGAUCGCUGGUGGUUGAGAUUGAAAUUCCAGUUUCUUGUUGCUAGGGAUCAUGCAUUCAUUUUUAUAAUCGUACAGCUGAUUGUGGCAUUCUUGGGGGUGCUUGUAUACAAAUUUUAUGGAGAAGAACUAAGAGAAAUGUUUGGAUAUGAAGAACAUCCAUAUGGGUUUUAUACAAUGGCUGUUUUAGCUAUCGUUUUGGUUGGUUUACUCUAUGGUUUCUUCAUAGCGAUAAUAUGCGGACAGAGGAUCAAUGAACGCCAUUACCAUGUUCUUGCCAAACAAGAACUAACAAAGGAGUACGUGGUAGAAGACCGAGAAGAUAAUAGGAAUGUCCCCGAACUCGAUCCCAGCCAUGUGACAGAGCUCAGGAUGUUGGGCCUCUACUAAUUUGGAAGUCAAUAUGUCCGUUUAAUUUUCUGUUUCAGGAGGAAAAUGGAAAUGAUGAGUUCCGCUAUACGUUAGCAGGGGGAAUGAUGAGUUAUGCUAUACAGUGCAAGUGUUCGGGCAGGUGGGUUCUAUAUGGGCUCUCCCACAACUGCAUACCCAAAUUGCAAGUAAUAUGAGUAGGCAAUUGCAUUGGAUCAAUCUCACCCUCGAAGACUUUUUAUUCUCACUUUUUUUCUGCAGCUUCUCUUUGCCGUUUCUCUUUCUCAUAGCUACUUAGAUUAUAUAUAUAUUGUUGAUUUUUAGUACGAGCCAAAUUCUGAAAAAUGAUUUCAGUUGAGAACAUUUUACGUUGAAACAAACAAGGCCUAAAGUAAGACGAGUUCAAACAAACUUGUUCUUUAUUUUUGGGCAAGUGCUGCUUUAGCGUUCCAGUGCAAUUGGCCUUUUAAAUUUAAGAAGCUACCACCAAUUUGUUGCA